GGCUUAUCGAGCAUAGCAGCGUGUGGACUAGACAAAUACGGAAGUGUGGUGUACAUUGGCAGGAACGCUUGUGCAGGAUAAGCAAGGGGUGGUAGGGCGUCCCGCCAGGGCGAUCGUCCUGACCACUCUACGAUGUUAUGUGUCCUUACAAAUGACAGAGUAAACAUGGUGAAACAGACUGGUGUAUGUCCUGCGGGCAUGGUUUCCGCGAUGAAUCACGAGAUCACGUGCCAUGACUCACAGGCUCGAAUUAUCUCACACUCGUAUCCUUGUUACACACCAUCAUGUCUCCCGGUGACGAGCAGUAUUCUCUACGCUGAAGUUGCUCUCCGACAAUGUCCCGCACAGCCCUCUUUGUAAUCGACAUCCAGCACGCCCUUGUCGGCGACCCGGAUACAGCUAUACCACACGCGCAACGCAUCAUAGAUGCUGGUACUGCGCUCCUCGAAAGAGCGCGAUCGAGUAUCGACUCUGUACGAGUGAGCGGCAAGAAACCAGAAUUGGAUAUCGUGAUCGUGCAGCACGAAGAAACGCCCGAGAAAGGAAACCUGCAAAAAGGGAGCAAGGCGUGGGAGGUUCAUUUCUCACCGCAAGAGAGCAACGAUCACGAAAGCCUGGUAGCAAAGGACGUCCGCGACACGUUCCAGUCCAACCCAGAAAUGGCAGAUGAGCUGAGGAGUAGAGGAGUGGAUACAAUCGUAGCUUUCGGUAUUCAGAGCGAGUGUUGCGUACUCUCUACUUGUCGUGGCGCCCUGGCAGAGGGAUUUAAAGUUGUAUUGCUGAAGGGUGCACAUUCGACGUAUAAUACAGACAAGAAGACGGCACAGGAGAUCGAGAAGGAGGUGGACGAUGUGCUGCUGGCGGAGGGUGUCGAAAUCAAAGAAUGGGAAACCUGGAUGCUGUAGAGGAGAGCUGUUGAAGAGGAAAUGUUAGAGUGCUGACAUCGAGGGCACUUUCAUCUGUCGAUGUACAAGAGAUUGGGAGAAUGAACAACUACUGGAGC